UUCGAGACCAGACAAACAUGCAGAACAUACAGUACAUGAGAAUGCGCACAGAUCCCGCUCAGCAACAAGACGGGGCUUGCUACAACUCGGGCAUCUGCUCUCUCCAGGAUGGCCUCUCCCCUCUUUCUAGCUCAAGUCCUCUACAUAGGAAUGGAGGUUGUAAUCGCCGUGGCCUCUGUGAUAGGCAAUGUGAUGGUGGUUUGGGCCGUGAAGCUCAAUCGUUCCCUAAGAGAUACCACCUUCUGCUUCAUCGUCUCUUUGGCGUUGGCUGACAUCACUGUCGGAGCUUUGGUCAUCCCGCUGGCCAUAACCAUCAGCAUCGGGCUGCAGACCCACUUCUACAGUUGCUUGAUGGUGGCGUGCACUGUCUUGGUGCUGACCCAGAGCUCCAUCCUAGCCCUGUUGGCCAUUGCCAUUGACCGCUACCUCCGAGUCAAGAUCCCCACCAGCUACAAGCGAGUGGUGACGGCCAAGAGAGCAGCUGUGGCGGUGGUGCUCUGCUGGGCUGUGGCCUUCGUUGUUGGCCUGAUGCCCAUGUUGGGUUGGAACAACCUGCAGAAGCUGAAGGAGAAUGAUUCUCUCAGCUCUGACCUCGUCAUCACCUGCCAGUUUGAAAAUGUCAUAAGCAUGGAGUACAUGGUGUACUUCAACUUCUUUGGAUGGGUCCUGCCCCCCCUGCUCCUGAUGCUCAUCAUCUACGCUGAAAUCUUCUACAUGAUCCACAAGCAGCUGAGCAAGAAAGUGACGGGCAGCAACGCUGACCCCAGCAAGUACUACGGCAAGGAGCUCAACCUAGCCAAGUCUCUGGCUCUGGUUCUGGCUCUGUUUGCCCUCAGCUGGCUGCCACUUCACAUCCUCAACUGCAUCACACUCUUCUGUCCCAGGUGUCAGAAGCCAAUGUUCCUCAUUUACAUCGCCAUCCUACUCACUCAUGCAAACUCGGCCGUCAACCCUAUUGUCUACGCUUUCCGCAUCAAGAAGUUUCAUAGCGCCUUCCUCACAAUCUGGAAGCAGUACUUAUGCUGCAAGGAGAAGCCCCAGCUGCAGCCUCAGGGAGACGGGCAUGUGCCAAGUCCUCCUGAGCAGUUGCAGGAGGUGCAGAAGGGCAUCUGACUCAGCAGGGCCUGGCACUGAAUAAGAAAAAUUAAUGAAUCUGAACUUGCUCUGAAACAGCAUGUUUUCAUCUCUGUUCCUCAUCUUUUUUUAUGGGAGCCUACACAUUACUAUAAUAUUCUGCCACUGGAAAAGGGAUUCACCCUGUGAUGGACUGGAAUCGCUUCCAAGGGUAUAACCUGCCUCACACCUUGUGGUUCCAGGUUAAGUGGUGGAGCAUCGUGACUCUACACUGGAUAAGGGAUUAUGACAAAGGAUGGGUGGAUAGAUGGCAGUGAGGUUUGCAGCAGUUUAGCCUGCUUUACUGUUUCUUUUUUGGCUCAUCUUGAUACCUGUUAAAAUAGGGAAUUAAACAGGAAGUAGGUUAAAGAAACACAGGAGUGCAACAAAAAAAAGUGGAAAUAAUUUUAUUACUAAUGCAAAUAUCACAAAACGGAUUUUGACCUUAGUCAUAACUUUAUCAAAGUUUAAAAUAGAUGGAUGAAUUUAUAUUUUGGUCUGAUAAGUGAUACUUACUUGCCAGCAUGAUCGAGGCACAGAACAAAGUCUAACAAGGUCUAGUAAAUGCAGUAAGUAGUACUGUCAUUGCUGGAAACAACCACUGUUGCUGAGUUUUACCAUGGUAAAAGCUGGGAUACAGGAAAUACAAAGCUGUCAGUUUUGUCAUAAGGCUGUAAAGCCUCUUUUACAGAACUUUAAAACUGAUUUCUGCUUAUCUAUGAUUGUGAAGAGGCCUUUGGAAAAAUGGCCUAUAAGGAGACAUUUCUGACUCAACGGACAGUGGAAAUGGGUGCAACCCGAAGACCAACACCUGCUUUAAGAUGUACUGAUAUUCUGGCUGUAAUGGAUAUGGGAGAAGGAGCAUCAGUCCUUUAAUUCUCUUCAUCAUGUUUCAUUGAUUCAGAGACAGAUGAGAAGGUGGUGGUCGAGGUCCCAUGUUCGAGGAAAUGGUGGCUGGUGUUCCACAGACUGCUCAGAGUGCUCCAAACUAUUUAUAACCCUUUCAUAAAGCACUCAGUUCCAGGAACGAGUCCACGGUUAUCGACCUCACUGCGUUUCUAGGGUCUUCUGAAGAAUACAGGCCUUGCAGACUAAGAGGCCAUGUCAUCUGUUUAAAGUUGAAAGAGCCCUAGUGUGUAGUAAUGGGGGGAUAAUGCAGAAAAAACUAUAAGCCCAAGAGACAAAUCUUAUUUCAGUUUAGAGUGAAUUAUAUGUUCCAAGGAUUGAAAUUUCUCCAAAGUCAUAGUGUAAAGUUUUUAAAACUUUACCAAAUGUAUUUUUUGCAUAAGUGUAAUAUCAGAAAUUACUCAGUGAAAUGCUGAAUGGGAGUCUUGUUCCUUUGUGAAGAAGGCAGGUGGCGUAGUAGUUAGAGCUAUUGACUUGCACCCAAAGGACCCUCUUUGAAAUCCUGCUGAUGCUGUAGUACCCUUGACCAAGGUACCUACCUUCAGUUGAUAAAGUAAAAGCUGUAAGUUACCUUGGAGGAAUCCAUCUGUCAAAUAUAUCAAGAUUUACAUUAAGCUUUUCUCCAAAGUGACUUACAAUUUUAAGGUUACAAUUAUUUACCCAUUUAUACAGCUGGGUAAUUUUUACUCGAGCAUUUUUUAGGAUAAGUACCUUGCUCAAGGCACCUGUGACCUUGGGAUCCGAAGGCAGUAGCUCUAACCACUACACUAUCAGCUGUACCAGACAAGGCAAAUAUUAGUGUUGGUAAUAUAGAGUUUGAACUAAUCAGUGCAAUGCAUUCCUCUGUUUUUCACACACAUUGAACAAACUCUGUUGAAAAAAGACCUGGCAGUUUUGGUGAAGGCACAUGAAGUGUAGCAUAACCAUCGGGGAAUUACAAAAACCGAAAUAUAAUCUAAAUUUUACAAAAUUUUAAAGAUAACACAGGCACUCAUUACAAUUGUGAUUUUAUGACUGUUUUAGAAUAGUAAUUGACACUGAAUGGGUUUAACAAUUAAUGUCUGUCACCACUGUAACUACAACACAAACAUGCUUCUCAACAUUAAUGGUGCUACAGCUUUCAUGAGCUACUACUAAGUGCACUUGUUUGACCAACUGAUGCUCUCAAGCACAUUCAGUCUGACAUAACAUGAACUGUGUUGUACCUUCAAUAAAAAUCCCAGUGAAGGAUAAAUUAAGUAAGGAUUCAGAGGGAUGAACAACCUGUAAUGAUGUCUGGCCCCUGAAGACUGGAGUUAGUCUAUAGACAGGAGAUGCAAUACACACUACAAUUUCCACUCAUUCUACCUGCAUGAGACGAUUCAGACUGGACUUUCCACAUGUUACGAGCACAAUGAUAUGAUUUCCAACCUUACAGAACUAAUUUUAGGGUUGUAAUAAGCACCUUUUAUUAGUUAAAAUCAUGGGUUCAUGAAGGAAAAGGCCUUUGUUUUUGUUUUCACUUGUAAUAAAAUACUUUUUUACUUUGAUCUUCUGCUUUAUAUAUGCAUGGCACUGGAUUAUCCAGAGGGAGUGCAGUGGUGCAGUGGGUUGGACUAGG